AUGGCAGCAGCAUUUGCAAUGAGUUUAAAUGGAAGCAAUGUGUGGAGAGCACAUAUGGCGAUGGCCAUGGUGCAGGUGUUCAAUGGAGGUUACCAUGUUAUCACCAAAGUUGCACUUAAUGUGGGGGUGAAUCAGCUUGUCUUCUGUGUUUUACGAGACCUCCUUGCCCUCUCGAUUCUCGCUCCUGUGGCGUAUGUACGCGAAAAAAGACUAAGACCGCCUUUGAAUAGACGCCUUGUUAUCUCAUUCUUCUUUCUUGGUUUGACUGGGAUAUUUGGAAAUCAACUUUUGUUUCUUAUUGGUUUGGGCUACACAAAUCCGAGUUAUGCUGCAGCCAUUCAGCCUGCCAUUCCAGUCUUUACAUUUGCAUUGGCUGUGAUAAUGGGUACAGAAACAGUGAAUUUGCAAAGAACUGAAGGCCAAGCUAAGUUAGGAGGUACUCUUGUGUGUAUUUGUGGUGCUAUUCUAAUGGCUAUGUUCCGUGGUCCUGCCGUUUUUGGAUAUAAGGAAUCAGAAUUUGCAGCUCAAAGUGAAAUAAGUGCGAAGGGUCAGCCUGAGCCUGUUGGAUGGUUAUUGUCGAGUUUUCUGGAAUUAGGGAUUGAUAACUGGAACCUUGGUGUGUUAUGCUUAAUUGGGAACUGCAUGUGCAUGGCAGCUUAUCUAGCCAUUCAGGCUCCAGUUUUAGCCCAGUAUCCUGCAAGCAUAUCAGUGACAGCAUAUUCAUACUUCUUUGGUGUAUUCUUUAUGGUGGUGACUGCAUUCUUUAUGACGAAUGAGUCCACUGACUGGAAUUUGACACAAUCUGAGGCUUUUGCAGUGUCCUAUGCUGGAAUUGUAGCAUCUGCUCUGAACUAUGGACUUUUAACAUGGUCAAAUAAGGUUCUUGGCCCUGCCUUGGUUGCUUUGUAUAUGCCGCUUCAACCUGCUUUAUCGGCGUUCCUAUCAAGAAUUUUUCUUGGAAGCCCUAUUUAUUUUGGAAGCAUUUUGGGAGGAAUUCUAAUUAUAGCAGGGCUGUAUCUGGUUACUUGGGCAUCCAAUGGAGAGAAACAAGCUGUUGGAGUUCUAUCUCGGCCAUCAGAGCCGUUUACUAAUAAAGAUUCAUCUCUCAACAGGAUCCCAUACCAGAUAGGACACAUUUUCUCAGGCACAGAAGUUGAGCUCGAAGAAGAUGAAGGUGAUCUAACUGAGAAUAGUAAGGGGGGACAAGAGUUUGCAGAAAAUUGCAAUCUAGAACAACCUAGAGCAGAAUCCAGAUUCAGCUCUCCCUGCAACACCUUUACUGUGGAAGGGGUAUCUCCUAACAGUGGCAUCGAGUCAUUAUCUCCCAACAGGAAGAGAGCCUCUCCUCAUCAGAGUGGAUUAGGGACAUCCCUCGAGCUCUCACUGCACUCAAAUCCCUCUCCACUCUCCCAAAAAUCAACUGCCCCAUUUCCCCAAUUCAAUUCCCCUUUGAACUUACCUCAAAUCUCCAUCCCUCUGAUUUAA